GGGGAAGUUCUCGCCAGCGUGCUGCCUUGCAAGCUGCUAACUAGAAUAGGAAUCCGACGUCGCCCCCGCCCCCCCCUGUGAAAAUUCGUGAUGCGGAGAACAGCUACCGCCGCCCUCGUCCUCGUCCCCCUCCUCGCUGCGGCGGUACAGACCUCCGCCCUGCCUUUCAUCGUCCUGCACGGGAUUGGGGACCAGUGCGUCAACCAUGGCGUUGCCAAGUUCACUAAACUUCUCGCCGAUUGGUCCGGCUCCGACGGCUACUGCCUAGAGAUUGGCAGAGGAACAUGGGACUCUUGGGUCAUGCCUCUUCAACAACAGGCUGAUAUAAUCUGCAACAAGGUCAAGGAAAUGAAACAACUGAGAGGUGGCUACAACAUAGUUGGUCUGUCUCAGGGGAACUUGAUUGGUCGAGCAGUGGUUGAGUACUGUGAUGAUGGACCGCCGGUCAAGAAUUUCAUCUCUCUAGGAGGUCCUCAUGCUGGUACCGCUUCAGUGCCUCUUUGUGGUUCUGGAUUUUUUUGCAUUAUUGUUGAUGCUCUGAUCAAAUUGGAGAUCUACUCAGACUAUGUGCAGGAACAUCUUGCACCUAGUGGCUACCUCAAAAUCCCAACUGAUAUGGCAGAUUAUCUGAAGAGUUGUAGGUUUCUUCCAAAACUUAACAAUGAAAUUCCAGAUAAAAGAAAUGCCACCUACAAGGAAAGAUUCAGUAGCUUAGAGAAUUUGGUUCUGAUUAUGUUUCAGGAUGAUGCAGUCCUGAUACCACGAGAAACGGCAUGGUUUGGUUACUACCCUGAUGGAGCCUUUGAUCCAGUUCUACCACCUCAGAAGACGAAACUGUAUGAGGAAGACUGGAUUGGUUUGAAGACACUGGAUGAAGCAGGGCGGGUGAAGUUUGUGUCUGUGCCGGGAGGUCAUCUUGGUAUCUCCAAAGGUGACAUGAAGAAGUACAUUGUGCCUUACCUGACAAACAAAAAGGCAUCGGUGACGGUUUCUGAUUUGCUAGUUGCCAUUUGGCACGCUGUGCUUGGGCUGGCACUGGCAGAGGGUGAUGACGCUGUUUUGAUUUGAUGCAUGGGCUUCCGACAGUGGCUUGGAUUGUUACGCUGCCUCUGCUUGGUUGGCUUGGCACUCAGUCACAAAUAAGAUUCAUCUCAUCUCAUAUUCUGUUCUGUUGGAAGGCCCUUUGAUUCAUGGUCACAGAAAUAACAGAAUGCAUGCAUGCAUGC